AGUAUGAAACUUCACACACUCUGUGUCAGAUGGAGUCAGAUCUGGUUCUGGUUUUGAGACCAAACUUGUUUUUUGUUCUUUUUAUAUCUGCACAAGUUUUAGACCUGGUUCUGGGUUUGAUUUGGAUUUUUGGACAUGGUUUUGGACAUGGAUAUGGUCAUGUGAAGUCUACAUCUUGAUCAGAUGUGGUUUUAGACCCAGUCCUGUUUUAGAUCUUUGUUUUGGACCUGGAUCACAUGUUGACAGAUCUGCAGGAUUAGAACCAGAGACCUGAUGAUGCACACGAUACACCGUCUGUGUCGAAUCUGCAUCGGACAGAACCUUCCUCAGGUGAACAUCGUACGAGGAACAGAUGGAUUUGGAUUCACAAUCUGCUCCGACUGUCCAGUAAGAGUCCAGGCUGUCGAUCCUGGAGGUCCAGCUCAUCAGUCUGGACUCCGUCAGGGAGACUUGGUCCUGCAGCUGAACGGACUUCCUGUAGAAACCUGGAAGUGUGUGGAACUCGCCCACACCAUCAGGACUUGUCCGUCUCAGAUAGUGUUGGUUGUGUGGAGAGGUUUACCUGACCUCAUGGCAGGAAGUGAAGCUUUGCUCGGCCCACGGACACACAACACAAAGACAGGCAGAAAAUUGUUGCCUCACCCUGCCCACAGUAAACAGGAUCGCAGACAGGGUCAGAAGUCCGUGGUCCGCGCCAGUCUUGCGGCUCUGGGUUCUCUGUGGAGGGACAGGAAGCACGAGAAUGAGGAGGAAGAACAGGAAGUGACUGAGUACUCCUGCGGCAACACUACACUAAAGGGCACCCGUGUGACAUCAUCAAAUGGAGACAAUUACAUCAUCCUGUCACCUGUCAAUCCAGGAGCACAACACCUGCAUCCAGUUUGUCAUGACAGGAACGCAACAAUCAGUCCUUUGUACCGGACUCACCCCAGCAGAGGUCAGAACCUUCUCCACGACCCUCGACCUGAGUCGUCACAGCAACUGUUUACAAGCCGCACUACCACCCUACCCCUGCCCCUCUCCUCCUCUUCUUCAGCCACGCCAAAUAACUAUGGCAACUACCAGAACUGCACCAUCGUCCAAUCACAUCUGCCGUGCUCGUCUUAUGAAAGCUACAUGACACUGGCACCAAAAACUCUCAUCUUCCCCAUCUUUGUCCAGCCUCUUGAUCUGUGCAGCCCCGACAGAACCUUACUGAUGUCAGAGGAAGUUAUUCUACACCAAGCUAAGCUGCUGCCUGCAAAGGUGACAGUGUUGAUCUACAACGACCUGCUGCUGUUAACCAGAGAGGACGAGGUCGGCCGCUGUAACGUCCUCCAGAGUCCAGUGUACCUGAACACACUGCAGCUCAGAGAGGUGUCGUCAGAGCCCCUCCUCAUCCACCUGGUGCAGUCGUCUCAGACGUGUUUUCGUUGCGCCUUCAUACUUGAGUGUUUCAGCAUCGACCAAAAGAUCAGAAUUCGUCUCUGCCUCCAUGACAACAUCCAUCACCAGCUGGUCACCACAGAAAUGGCGCCCAGUCACCAGCUCUCGCACCUCCCCUCAGAUUUCGGUCUUCUCUCUCUUCAUCAGUCGGACCUCCUCUAUCGUUCGUCCUCUCCUUUCUCCUCAACUGACCCUCCCCUGCUCCCCCCCUCUUCCCCCUCCUCCCCCCUCUGUGACAUCCCCCCCUCCCUCUCUCCCCACUCCCGCUCCUCCUCCACUCCUCCUCCCACCUUCACCCCCUCACCUCCCUACAGGACGAUCAACGGCCUGCCUCACCCCCUUUCCUUCCCCUCCUCCUCCACCCAGAGUCCAGUGUGGAAGGAGAGAGGGAAAGCGGACGAAGACGAGAGGAGGAAGAGGAGGAGGGAGGAGGACGAAGAUGAGGAGGUGGAAGAGCGGCAGCAGGGGGAGGGGGAGAGUGCCUCUGAAACAUCGGAGAGUGUGGGAGGGGGGGGCCUCCUGCUGAGCCCUGCCCACCUCUACUCAAAGGAGGAGGAACAAAAUGAGGAGAGGGACGAAAAAGUAGAGGAGUUCGACUCCACCCACAGAGCUGCAGUUCUGCGUCGCUCGCUCUCGGAGGGUUCUCUGCUGCGGGAACCUCCAUCACCCCACUUCCUAUCUGAAAGCGCCAUCCACCGACUCACCCACCCUGUGACCUCUGACCCCGACCCCCUCCCUACCUCCCCCUGCACUCUGAGGAAACAGCUGACCAGUGAGGGGGGGUCUCUGCACCAAAUUCUACUGCUGCUCAACAGCACCAAGGACUCUGAGUUCAGGAACCUUCACCCAAAGAACAAGACUAAGAGUCUAGCUCCUGAUGUUCGGCGUAAUCUGUCAUUUCUAAGGCUUCCAGAAAACUGUACCCGUUUCCAUGGAAACAGUUUGGAGAAAGCUCUUAGAAACAACAGACCAUCUCCAGGGGAAGUGCUGAGGUGGGAAGAGAGUCUGGAGGCUCUGCUGACUAAUCAGUAUGGUCUGGCAGUGUUCCGACACUUCUUGAGGUCAGAGUUCAGCGAGGAAAAUCUGGAUUUCUGGUUGGCUGUAGAGAGAUUCAAAAGGAUACGCCCCCUCAUGGCUGUCAAAGCUAUGAAAAUCUAUGAAGAGUUUAUUUCUACCACUGCAGCAAGACAGGUCAACUUGGACUCAACUGUCAGAGAAUCGACCAAUCAAAGCCUGCUUCUCGGAGUUAACCUCGCCUCCUUCCAGUUGGCCCAGGAUCAGAUUUUUGGCCUAAUGGAGACUGACAGUUACCCACGAUUCCUACGGUCCCACCUUUAUGCCCAGUUGGCCAAUCAUAGCGGAGCUGGGUCUGUGAGUCAAUCAUGAGAGAAAGAGGAGGUGGAUCAAAGGGAAGGGGAAACUGAUCUCAUUCAAAGUUUAGAUCUGAUCAGAGGAUCUGAUUGGCUGUAGAGUUUUCUCAUCUAUUCAGAAAAAAAACAAUAAAAGACCUUAUCUAUCCUGGUGCAUGAUGGUAACUGUAGGCUACAUAUUUUUGCUCUGACUUUGAGUUCUGUUAUUUUUUAGUUGUAAACAUUCAUGUUCCCAGCUGAUAAAUCCUACGGAUGUGUCCUGUAGCGCCACCAUCAGGUCACAUUUGAAGUUUUCCUGUACUACAUGGCGAGAUAGCUGCAGAGCUAAUGGCAUAUUAAAGUUAGCAGUAGAGGAUUAUAUACUAUAUAUAUUUAGGUCAUCACUAUAUAAUGUCUUCUGUGUAGAGGACUAUAUACUAUAUAUUUUUCAUAUAUUUUCUCUGCAUCAGUUCAUUUUCACAGGAACAUGACGAACAACAACAACAACAACGUUGCUCGGUGUAAAAUCCCACAGUGAAUUUUAAAUGUUUAUUUUACUCUUAGUAUUAAAACUUAACUCAGUUAAAAACACGUUGAAUUUUUAAAUGUAGAAAUAAACAUGUUUGUCUCAGGUU